AUGCAAAAGCUCACGCAGGAACUCAGCACCGGCUGGGUUAUGAAGGAGCACGGAGGCUCAACCAUGAGUAGUUGGCUUCCAGUGAAAAAAGUCCCAAGUCAAGUCCACAUUGAUCUUCUCGCCAACAAAAAGAUACCUGACCCGUUUGUCGAUGCUAAUGAACUUGAGGUACAAUGGAUCGCAGAAAAGGAUUGGGUCUACCGGACCAAUUUCUCUACAGCCCUGUCAUCGGAGAAAGUGACCACUGACUUAGUCUUCCGUGGGCUGGACACUUUUGCUACUGUCAUUCUCAAUGGGACUACCAUUCUGGAGUCAGAAAACAUGCAUACCAGCUACAGAGUGGAUGUUUCAAAGUUCUUGCACAGUGACCAGGAGAAUGAGCUCCAGAUCAUCUUCCAUUCGGCCCUCUUGCGGGGUCGAGAACUGAUCCAGCAACAUCCAGAGCAUACAUUCCACGUCCGCCAGACUGAGGCAAGCCGCAUUCCUGUCCGCAAAGCCCAGUAUAACUGGGGCUGGGAUUGGGGUCCCAUCUUAAUGACUGCUGGGCCGUGGCGCCCUGUUGUACUGGAGCAAUACAUUGCGAGAAUUGACGAUGUAUGGGUCGAGUACGAGGUUUCUCCUGGCCUUCAACGUGUCUCUGGACACUUAUAUGCGAAGUUAGGCAAGGGACUUCAGGAAGGGGAUACGGUCACUCUAUCGCUCGUGGGCCAAGAUGUGGAGGCUGUCAAGCAAACUUGUCGGGUCGGGCCUGAUGGGCUGGUAAAGGCAGCCUUUCAGCUCGACUCGCCCUCGUUGUGGUAUCCCCUCGGCUAUGGACAGCCGUCACGCUAUCGAUUGGCUGCAGAGCUCCUUCGAAAAGGCGCAAGGCUCGAUUCUCAAUCCAAGCUUGUCGGGUUUCGCCACUGCGAGCUAGUCCAAGAACAAGACGAGUUUGGCAAGUCUUUCUACUUCCGAGUCAACAGUAUCGACAUCUUCUGCGGUGGAUCAUGCUGGAUCCCCCCAGACAGCUUCCUGGCGCAGAUGUCUAGAGACCGCUAUUUCGACUGGAUUAAACUCCUGGUGGAAUCCAACCAGAUCAUGAUUCGUGUAUGGGGUGGUGGAAUCUAUGAGGACGAUGCGUUCUUGGAUGCAUGCGAUGAGAUGGGCGUCUUGGUUUGGCAAGAUUUUGCGUUUGCCUGUGCCAGCUACCCUGUAUAUCCCUCGUUUCUAGCCUCGAUUGAGGAGGAAGCACGCCAAAAUAUCCGACGGUUCAGGUCACACCCCUCUGUGGUCAUCUGGGCCGGAAACAAUGAGGACUACCAAGUCCUGGAGAGAUACAAGUUGGAGUACGAUCCAGAAGAUAACGAUCCCGAAUCGUGGCGGAAAUCCACAUUUCCAGCCCGAUACACCUACGAGUAUCUGCUCCCAAAAUGGAUCCAGGAGGAGGAUCCAUCCAAGAUCUACCAUCCCGGAAGUCCGUGGGGUGAUCGUAAACACUCAGCUGAUCCGACCGUGGGCGAUAUUCAUCAGUGGGAUAUCUGGCAUGGUCAAAUGCGAAAAUACCAGGACUGCGCCGACCUCGCAGGACGAUUCAUCAGCGAAUUUGGGAUGGAAGCCUAUCCUCACCUGGAAACAAUUCGUCGUGUCAUUACCGACCCAGCCCAACAACGCCCCGGCUCGAUGAUGAUGGAUUUCCGCAACAAGGCAAUUGACCACGAGCGCCGUCUCAUGACAUACGUCGCGGAGAACUUCUUGGUGCCGUCGGACCUACAGGCUUUCACUCAUGUCACCCAUGUUCUCCAAGCCGAGACAAUGCGGUAUGCAUACAAGACUUGGAGAAGGAUGUGGGGACGACAAGGGACAAGGCAAUGUGGUGGAGCACUUGUCUGGCAGCUGAACGAUUGCUGGCCCACCAUGUCAUGGGCUAUUGUGGAUUAUUACUUGGUCAAAAAGCCGGCUUUCUAUGCCAUUGCACGCGCAUUGAAGCCACUUGAUGUGGGCAUCGCUCGGGAUUGUCCAGUCUGGACUACAGGCCACGCUAAUCCGAUGGCAACCAAUUCAUGCAAUUUCGAUGUGUGGAUUGCGAGCAGCCUGCAAGAAGCGGUCGAGAUUGAUGUGACCGUCAAAUUCAUCUCCAUCCGUUCGGGAAAACUCAUCGGUGAGACUAUCACAACUAAGAGGUUGGCAGAGCCCAAUGCCACGACGGAGGUGCUUAAAAAUGAAUAUGCGAGGAUGUGCCCUCCUCAACAUCCUGGCGAUUAUGAUCCAUUCAUUAUUUACGCAGUCAUCAGUACUGGAGGGGACGUUGUGGCUACGGACAUCGCUUGGCCUCAGCCUCUGAAGUAUCUGGAUUUUUCGAAUCGAAAUGUCAAGGUCCAAGUCUCGCCGUCAAAGGACCAGAUUACCGUUUCAGCUGAUCUGCCUGUUAAAGGGUUCGUGAUCGAGGAGCAUCAAGGGCUAAAGUUGAGUGACAACGGAUUUGACCUCGUCCCUGGUGAGGAACACAUUGUCAGAGUGGAUCAAGGAUCCAUCUCGAAUAAGGAGCUUGUUUGGACGUACAUUGGCGCACAUGCAUGCCAGUGA